AUGGUAUGCAGAGAUGAAAGUAAUAACCCCGUGGACUGGUAUGUAGUCUACAAACUUCCUAAAGUAGCUCAAGCGGUACAUCCUUUGGUCACUGGUUUGGGAUACGCAUACCUGUCCAGUAAAUCCCAAUCCGGAUGGACUUUGUCUGAUCUGGACAUUAGUAGUGAAAAAUCAAUAUUUGGCAACACAUUGCAUUCACUUUAUACCGCAAAAAUGGACCCUGGUAUAAGUUUUAUCAAUUACACCGACGGACCGCCUACCGGAGCCAAUGAGAGUAUCACCGCUCACGCCAAUGGAGUCAUAGCCACAGACGACACCCUCGGCUAUUGGCUCAUACAUAGUAUCCCGAAGUUUGCCGCCCAAGAGUCGGGCCAUAAGUACGUAUACCCAGAGUCUGGUGAGAUCAACGGACAGACAGCUCUGUGCAUUACCCUAAAUAUCACUGAAAUGGACAAGGUGCUCACUCAAAUGCUGUAUAUGCAGCCAGAUAUCUACGCCAUGAAUAUCAGCACCGGUUUGAAAAGUAAAUCAAAAACUAUCGGCGCGCUAAGCGCUAGGGAAUGGAGUUCCGGUGAUAAACACGUCGAAACGAUCGUAAGCGCCGGUGGCGUACGGUUCACUAGUAUAAGCAAAACACCGGACCAUCAUAUUGAACUGUACGCCGAGAUCGUGGCGCCUGUACUCAACGUCAGUCUAUUGGCCGAGACCUGGGGACAGGGAGUGGACACUCAGUUACCCACGUUGGGGGCCCUCACCCUCAAUAAUACCGUAGAAAACGUGCAAAACAUUAGCGCAUCGUAUAAGCACUCAAACGUAAUGGGCCGGUCUCGCUAUCCUAGCAAAACGGGCACCGGCAAUAAAUCGGGCCCCCCUAGUUGGCGCCCGUGA